ACCGCUGCACUUUUCACACUGUAAUUAUCCCGAGAAAGGCUCGUGUCUUUCGUCGCAAUGGCUCUGUUCUCUUAAGCCGAGGAGUUUUUUUUCUUUCGUACUUGUGAGAAGUGGGGAAGUUUUGGAGCCGCUCAUAAAGCGGCUGCACUCGGUCUCCUCUCCCUCUCCUUCCCCUCAGCGGCUGUCGGCACAUCCUCGGACCGUCGCGUAGCCCAUGAUGUUUGGAGAGCGCUCUCACUUCUUUUCCAGCUAGAACCGACAGCAGGGUGUUUUAUCACUAUCCAUCAUUAUCCUUCACACUGGAUUUAAGUGAGGAUGGCUCUCGCGUGGAUCUUUAUCUCCGUUCUCCCUCUGCUCGGCACCGGCUCGCAGGGAGUCCAAGGAGCGUGUGUCUAUCAAGGUGCGCCGGUUGCGAACAAUACGUCUUGGAAGCCAGAAACCUGUCAAGACUGCACCUGCCACGGCGAUGUUGUCAUCUGCAAAGCUACACGUUGCCAGAAUCCUCAAUGUGACUUUCAAAGGGGCGAGCGCCUGAGAAUCCCUCCUAACAAGUGCUGUCCAGAGUGUUUCCCACAGUCGGCCGGCUCCUGCCAGUACCGGGGGGCAGUUUAUGGGCAUGACAGCCAGUGGAGUGAGUCCAAGUGCUCAGUGUGUACAUGUUCUCUGGGGAAAGCGACCUGCGUCCCUCCUGCCUGCCCUCAGCUCAGCUGUGGGAGCGGUCAGAGCCCUUACAUCCCGGUUGGAGAGUGUUGUCCUAAGUGCACUCAAAAUGGAGCUUCAUGCUCAUGGGAGGGUGAAGUGCGCAGAGAUGGUGAAGAAUGGACCCCCAGUCCCUGCACCAAGUGUAAAUGCCAGAAUGGACAAACACACUGCUCUACUGUUGAGUGUCCAUCCAUCACAUGCAAGCUGAAUGAAAACCUGGUGAUCCAGCCAGGACGAUGCUGCCCUCAGUGUGUUUCAAACCCCUGCAUAGCAGCCGGCAAAGAAUACAAGGACGGUCAUCAGUGGCAGAAAAACAGCUGUACCACCUGCGUGUGUGACCGCGGCCAGUCACGGUGUCACAUAGAGAAAUGUCCCCCUCUUCACUGCGACAAGGGUCAGAUGAAGGUGAAGCGGCCUGGUCAGUGCUGUGAUGAGUGUGUGUCCACCAAAGGCAGCUGCCUGUAUGAGGGUGCUGUGCGCUACCAUGGCGACAUGUGGAACGGCACAGGCUGCGAGUUCUGCACGUGUGAGCGCGGCCAGGUGCUGUGCCAGCGCGCCGAAUGUGCCAGGCUGGAGUGCCCACGAGGAGAAGAGAUGGUGUAUUUAAGUGGGAAGUGUUGCCCAGAGUGUAAGGCAGCGGUCAGCUCCUGCAUGUACACACACCCUGAGAAAGAGGGGACGAAAACCAACGUGAAGAGUUUCAGACGUCUUGCUAACCUGGAGAGUGUGAGUGAGAGUCCUUGUCGAGAAUGUCAGUGUCAGGACGGUCAUGUGACCUGUUAUCAGAGCUCCUGCCCUACCUGCCCGGCUGGGACCCUCGCUGUGCCACGGCAGGGACAGUGCUGCUCUGAGUGCCACCCAGCGGUCUCGUGUCAUCAGGACUGUCUGACGUGCUCCUCCACUCCUGAUCAGUGUGGCAGCUGUAAGGAUGCCAGAGCGUUUCUCUGGAACGGCCACUGUCUGCACAGCUGUCCUCAAGGCUUCUAUCCACACGGCCGAGUAUGCGCAGCCUGCCAGCCAUCCUGUCUCACCUGUGAGAAUGGUUUUGAGUGUACGGCGUGUGGUGGGUCUUUACUGCUCAGUGGCAGGCAGUGCGUGGCCACCUGUGAAAGUGGCAUGUAUCAGGACCACACACAGUGCCUGAGUUGCCAUGACUCCUGCUUGUCGUGUGGAGGUGGGGGGCCUCAGGACUGUCUGUUGUGCUCAGACCCCUCCCUCUUGCUGAAGGAAGGCUUUUGUGUUGCAGACUGUGGGCCUGGUUUCUAUGUCAGUCAAGGCAACUGUUAUGCGUGUGACCCAUCCUGUGCGACCUGUCAUCCAGACAACCCCAGCUGCUUGAGCUGUCCAGUUGGCUAUGCGUUGCACCAUGGGAAAUGUGUUUCUGAAUGUCCAGCUCAACAUUACAGGGACAGCUAUGGUCGUUGCCAAAUGUGCCACAGCUCUUGUGCCUCCUGCUCCGGACCCUCUGCAUCCCACUGUACCUCCUGCCCCAGCUCUCUCCCUCUAUAUCAGGGCCAGUGUGUGGAGUCCUGUGGGGAGGGCCUGUUCGCUCGGGAUGGACACUGCUACAGCUGCCAUGUGUCCUGUCGUGCUUGUGUGGGCCCAGAGUCGUCAGACUGCGUGCGGUGUGUAAAGCCAGAGGAAGUGCUGCAGCUCCAGCACUCAUAUGUCUCUCACGGCGCAUGCAUGUCCACCUGUCUGCCACAGCACUUUCUGGACACCGAACUCAUCUGCAGAGAGUGCCAUGCCUCAUGUGCACGUUGCACUGCAGGAAAUGCCCACAACUGCACUUCCUGUCUCCAACCCAGCAUCCUCCAUCAUGGACAGUGCCUUGACCGAUGUCCCCAUGGUUUCCAUGUCCAGGAUCGUACAUGCCAAGCUUGCCAUCCUUCCUGCAAGGAAUGUUCUGGUCCCUCUCAAGCAGACUGCACCGCGUGCCCCCCUCAUGCUAGCCUCCACAACGGCUACUGCCGGACCAGCUGCCCAGAGGGCCAGUACCUGAAUGCUGUAGGCUACUGUAAUGACUGUCAGCCAGGUUGUCAACGGUGUACGGCAGAUCUGCAGCUUGGCUCAGGGACGGUGUGUCUCUGGUGUAAAGGGUCCCGUAUGCUGCUGCUGGGAGACCACUGUGUUGAACAUUGCCCAUCUGGACACUACAAAUACCAUGGAGCCUGCAAGAAAUGCCACAGUUCCUGUGCAGACUGCAGUGGGGAGGGGCCUCAAGCUUGUACUUCAUGUUUGACCACUGCUGUGCUUUCCCCAUCCGGCAUGUGCACCACCCGAUGCCCCAUUGGCUACUACGCUGAUGAAAGUCGUGUGUGUAAAAAGUGUGACCGACAGUGUCUGAGCUGUGAGAUGGCCGGAGUGUGUACGUCCUGCAGAGACCCAGCGAAGGUGCUGCUGUUUGGCGAGUGUCAGUAUGAGAGCUGUGCCCAGCAAUACUACCUCAACACCACCACGCGCACCUGCAGAGAGUGUGACUGGAGCUGUAACUCUUGCCGUGGUCCACUCCGCAGUGAUUGUCUGCAGUGUAUGGAGGGCCAUGUUCUGCAGAAUGGCGUGUGUGUACCAUCCUGCUCUCCUGGGUUCUACCGGGAUGGAGAGCGAUGCCUCAAGUGUGAUGAUCACUGUGAGCAGUGUGACGGUCCUGGCCAAUGUCACCAAUGUCAGACCCCCUACACUGCUCUGAAGGGCCAGUGUGUGCUGGACUGCGGCAAACACUACUUUCUCGUCCCCACCAAACAACGCUGCAUUGCAUGCCCUUCCAGUUGCGUGGAGUGUGUAAGUGCAGGACAGUGUCGUGUUUGUGCUGAGAACACAUUUAAGAAGAAUGGACAGUGCACUCCAGAUUGUGGUCAUGGAUACUAUGCUAACAAGAAGGCCAGAGAAUGCCAAGCAAACACACACGCUCCAUCUCUCCACAUCAACGGGUCACACCUGGUCCCUCUCAGUGGAGUGACCCCACUGGACCCUGCACUCCUGUCAAUCAAAGACUCAGACAGCCAAUCAGAGAGCAUGGUGCUCCAGUUGGUGCAGCCACCCAAUAACGGACGCCUGGUCGUGCUGGAGGAGGAUAAAGAGAGAUCACUGAGGAAAGACGACACAUUCUCCCUCGCACAGCUGAGGAACAGAGCCGUGCGCUUCGUUCACACCACUGACCAGAGCAAGUUUGGUCAGUUCACUCUACGGGCAGCUGAUCCACAACUGUUCUCUCGGCCGCAGACGGUUAAUGUCCAGGCCGUCUCUCAGGAGCCUCCUUUGGUGGUCACCAACCAACCCAUUUACAUAGAGCCAGGGGAGACAGCGUUGCUUACUAGAUCCAGCCUUCAUAUUGAGGACCCCGACAACCCUCAAGAUGUCCUUCUAAUGGUUCUAGACCCACCACAUCAUGGCCGUCUCACUCGAGUUCAUGCAGAUGGCCAAGUGACCCAGUUUAAGCUAGAAGAGCUUGCUCGUGAACAGCUGCAGUAUGUCCAUGAUGGCACCAGUGGAGCCCAAGACAGACUGCUGCUGCAGAUCAAUGAUGGACACAGCUAUCAGAAUGUUCUACUGCAUGUCAACAUUGAUCAGAAGAACAUGCUGUCUCCUCAUAUGCGGUCCAUACCUAAAGUGUGGGUGAAAGAGGGUGGGAUGGUGCAGCUGUCUAAAAAGCAUCUGAAGGCCGAGUACAAAGGAGCCAGCGACUCUGAAAUCCUCUACAGCAUCCAGUCUGACAGUGGACAGCCCCAAUACGGUGAGAUAGUGUUUGUGCCCAUGCCGGCUGAUGGUCCAGUGGAAGCCUGGCAGGCUUUUCCUGAAGACAGAGAUACAACACCCACCACCACCUUCACCCAACAGGAUGUUAAUGAGGGCACAGUGUGGUACCGACAUUACGGAAAAAGCACUCAGAGAGAUACCUUUCAGUUUCAGGUGUCCAGCGAGGCUUUCCCUGACACUCGGAGUGAUGCUCAGACCUUCGUCAUUGGCAUAAUGCCUCAAACUCCAGGCCUUCCACAGCUAACUCCGGGAGCUGACCUACAGAUCACAGCACUGGAAGAUCGUGUGACUCUGAUAAGUCCCACUGCUCUGUCCUUCACGGACUCUGAGACACCAAGCAACAAGCUGAUCUUCAACAUUACUAAACCCCUACCUUCAGGCCAAGGUAUGCUGGAGCAUGGAGACAGGCCCUACAUUCAUGUCCGCUUCUUCACCCAAGCUGAUGUAGAUGCUGGGAAAAUCAUCUACAGACCCCCACAGGCUCCAUCCCACCUGCAGGAGCUUUACCAGUACUCCUUCACUGGCCUGCCAGAUUCAGUGAACUUCCAUUUUACAGUAUCUGAUGGAGAGCACACCACUCCUGAGAUGGACUUUUCCAUCCUGCUGUUGGCCAAUCAUCAGCAGCCACCGGUCUUUCAGAUUUUGGACCCAGUGCUGGAGGUUAGCCUGGGAGGCAGAGCAACAGUAGGUGGUCAGCAGUUGGCUGUGACAGAUGCUGACACAGCUCCAGAUGAACUGGAGUUUGAGCUGGUGGAGGGUCCAGUGCAUGGGAAUCUCCUCAGGGUGGACUAUGGCACCCAGACGCAGAUGGUUAAUGGUGACACGUUUACCUUCGAUGACCUCACCAGGAAUGUUCUACAGUAUGAACACACUGGCCUCAACACUGAAGAGGACACUAUGAUCUUCUCAGUAACGGAUGGGAUGUCCAUGACCUCCACCACAGUGCAGGUGAUAGUUUCAGGGGGUGGAGGAGACGGACCCAAGCGUGCCCCUGAUGCCCUGUUGUCAAUGGAGGUGGCAGAGAAGAGCAGCACUGUCGUCAGACGCUCACAUCUGGCUUACGUGGACAAUGAUUCCUCUGAUGACAAGAUUCGUAUCCAGCUGGUUUCAGUGCCCAUGUAUGGAAUCCUUACUAAGACCAAUUCUGAAUCGGAUCAUGAAGAACUGAAUGAGUAUUCUACUUUCACUAUGGAGGACAUCAACCACCAUAAAAUCCGGUACGUCACCUCAUUUGAAACUGGAAACCAGCCUGUUACUGACAUCUUCCAUUUCAUCGUCUACGAUGGUGAGAACAAUCGGCUGGAAAACCAGAUGUGCACCAUUACCAUCACCUCUGUGCACCGACAGCCCCCUGUGGUCACUGUCCGCAGCGGCAUCAAGGUCCAAGAGGGAGGUAGAGUCCAGCUGUCAGCCAAUCACAUCAUCGCAUCUGACCCAGACACGCCCAAAAAGGAUCUGCUGGUGUGGCUGAUCAGCCCUCCAAAAUAUGGCUUCAUAGAGAAUACGAAGCGAGUUGGAUCAAUGGGUGGAGCCCGCGUGAUAAGCCCUGACGUCCCCUUCACAAUGGAGGACCUCACGUCUGACCACAUCUUCUAUGUCCAGAACGUCCACCAGGCAAACAUUCACCAAGAUGUUUUCAGCUUCUACAUCAGUGACGGCUCAAGCCAGACAGAAGCCUUUGAUGUCACCAUAGACAUCCUGCAAACAAAAGAAGACAAAGUUCCAGUUAUCUCAGUAAACAGCAUCCAUGUGGAGGAGAACACGGGUGUGGUCAUUACCAAUUCCUCCCUCAACGUGCUUGAUCUGGACACGCCGGAGAACGAGAUCGUGCUCACUGUCAUCAAAAAGCCAUCUUACGGUAAACUACGCAGAAGACAGUUCUACUCCCAGCCACUGGAGAACGGCAAGAUCCUCCUUCAGGGUUCUACCUUCACCUACCAGGAUGUUCUAGACGAGCUGCUGGUGUACACCCCAGACGGACAGGGUUCUGCGACCGAUGAGAUUCGUUUCUCUGUAACGGACGGAGUACACACGGAGACAGGCCGUCUGGAGUUCAGCAUGGAUGUGAGGAAGAGCGAAGGACCCAGAGUCACCAUCAACCGAGGCCUUCAGUUAGCAGCAGGUUCCUCAUCUAAAAUCACAGAGCAACAGCUGAAAGGGACCGAUAUUGACUCAGAAAACCUAAAACUCAAAUUCACUCUGACCAAAGACGUGAGUGUGGGGAUACUACAGCUGACCAAGGGCAGGAGCAAAGUCCAGCUCUCUACCAGAGGACCAGUCAAGAGCUUCACUCAGGAGGAAAUCAACAAAGGCUUUGUGGAGUACAUACAUGAAAAAGGGGAGAGUGGAGGCAGUUUCUCCUUUAAGUUUGACCUUGAAGAUCCAGAGGGUAACAAAGUGAUUGAUGAGUCUUUCUUCAUCAGCGUUCUAGAGGAUAAGCUCCCCCCUUCAGUAGUGGUCAAUAAGGGUUUAGUGCUGGACGAGAACUCUGUGAAGAAGAUCAGCACGCUGCAGCUCUCCUCUACUGACCAGGACAGUGAACCUGGUGAACUUGUCUACCGCAUCACCAAACAACCCCAGCUUGGUCAUCUCGAACUUUCCACCAAUCCAGGCAAGCGCAUCAGCACGUUCACCCAGGCUGACCUGGCCUCCCGCAAUGUCCAGUAUGUCCACACCAGUGAAGAAGAGAAACACUCGGAUGAGUUCUCUUUUAUAGUGUCGGAUGGGGCUAACGAGAUUUCCCAAACAUUCUACAUAACCAUCCGGCCGGUGGACGACUCUCUGCCCGUGCUGCAGGUGCCGGGGAUGCGGGUGCAGGAGGGAGUGAGGAAAACCAUCACAGAGUUUGAGCUGAAGGCCGUGGAUGCGGAUACAGAGGAGGACUCAGUCACUUUCACCAUCGUCCAGGCCCCACGUCAUGGCACCAUUGAGCGUACCAGCAACGGUCAGCAUUACCGGCAGACCAACACUUUCACCAUGGAUGACAUCUAUCAGAACCGCAUCAGCUACAACCACGACGGCAGCAAUUCACUCAAAGACCGCUUCACCUUCACUGUCAGCGACGGCACCAACAUGUUCUUCAUCAUAGAAGAAGGAGGAAAAGAGGUGGUCACUGCAGCACCUCAGAAGUUUAAGAUUGACAUAAUGCCCGUUGAUGAUGGAACGCCUCGCAUUGUCACUAACCUGGGCCUGCAGUGGUUGGAAUACAUGGACAACAAGGCCACUAACCUGAUCACCAAGAAGGAGCUCCUCACCAUCGACCCAGACACAGACGACGGUCAGCUAACUUACGAGAUCACAGCCAAACCCAAACAUGGCUACCUGGAGAGCAAACUCAAACCAGGAAAACCCAUUACCUCUUUCACACAAGCUGAUAUAAACCUCGGCCUUAUCCGCUACGUUCUGAACGAGGACAAAGUCCAGGAAACCAUGGACAACUUUAAGUUUCUGGUCAAGGACAGCAAGCCCAACAUCGUCAGCGACAAUGUCUUCCACGUUCAGUGGUCUCUCAUCAGCUUUGAGCACAGCAGCUAUAAUGUGAGUGAGAAAGCAGGCACUGUGGCAGUUACAGUGAAGAGGACGGGGAAUCUGAACCAGUAUGCCAUCGUGCUUUGUCGGACAGAGCAGGGCACGGCCACCUCGACCUCCACUGUGGGCUCUCGCCCUGGACAGCAUGACUAUGUGGAGCAUGCAGGACAGGUUCAGUUUGAUGAGCGUGAGGACACUAAAGUGUGCACCAUCGUCAUCAAUGAUGACCAGGUCUUCGAGAACAUCGAGAGUUUCACUGUGGAGCUCAGUAUGCCUGUGUACGCUCUGCUGGGGCAGGUGACACGUGCCAAGGUCAACAUUAAUGACACAGACGACGAACCCACACUGCAGUUUGACAAGAAAACCUACCAUGUCAACGAAAGCACAGGCUUUAUCUUUGCUCCCAUUGAGAGGAAAGGGGACACAAGUAGCACAGUCUCAGCUCUCUGCUAUACUGUUCCUCGGUCAGCACGGGGCAGCAGUCUGCACGCUCUGGAGUCUGGUUCUGACUAUAAGAGCCGAGGCAUGAGCGGAGAAAACAGGGUGAUUUUUGGCCCGGGGGUCAGUAUGUCCACCUGUGACGUGAAGCUGAUUGACGACAGCGAGUAUGAGCUGGCUGAGGAGUUCGAACUAGUGCUGUCGGAUGCCUCGGACAAUGCGCGAAUGGGAGACAGAACGGUGGCCAAAGUCAUCAUCGAUGGCCCCAAUGAUGCCUCUACUGUGUUCCUUGGCAACGGGUCCUUUACAUUCAGUGAGGAUGCAGGCACCAUUGAGAUCCCUGUGUUGCGGCAGGGCAGUGACCUCUCCUCUGUGACCUCAGUGUGGUGUGCCACUCGCCCUGCUGACCAGGACUCAGCCACACCUGGAGUGGACUACAUCCCCAGCUCCAAGAAAGUAGAGUUUAAGCCUGGCAAGACUGAAGAGACUUGUAGUUUGACCAUAAUGGAUGACAUCCAGAACCCCACCAUCGAAGGGAAGGAGUCCUUCAUCGUCUUCCUCAGCUCUCCUAAUGGCGCUGUUCUUACAGAGCCAUAUGAAGCUUCAGUUUAUAUCACUGACACCGCCCAAGACAUCCCAAGUAUGCAGUUUGAGAAGGCUGCAUAUACAGUGAAGGAGAAAGAUGGAGUGCUGAACAUUCCCAUCGUCAGGACUGGAGACCUCACCUACAAAUCCUCCGUUCGCUGUUUCACACGCACCAUGUCCGCUAUGGUGAUGGAUGACUUUGAUGAGAGGAGGAACGCAGACGUCUCUCAGAUAGUGUUCCACAAAGGAGAAAAGGUGAAGAACUGCACUGUGUAUAUUAAUGAUGACUCAGUUUUUGAGCCUGAAGAAGAGUUCCAGGUACACUUGGGCACACCGCAGGGGGAUCACUGGAGUGGAGCCAUGAUUGGGGUCAAUGACAUUGUAACUGUGACCAUCACUAAUGAUGAGGAUGCUCCAACCAUUGAGUUUGAACAAGCUUCUUACCAAGUACGAGAGCCUUCUGGUCCAGAUGGCAUUGAGGUUCUGAACAUCAAAGUGAUCCGUAAAGGAGACCUAGACCGCACCUCCAAGAUCCGCUGCAGCACAAGGGACGGAUCAGCCCAGUCCGGCGUGGACUACAACCCCAAGAGUCGGGUUCUCAAGUUCAGCCCUGGUGUAGACCACAUUCUCUUUAAGGUGGAGAUCUUAUCCAAUGAGGAACGAGAGUGGCAUGAGUCUUUCUCACUGGUUCUUGGCCCUGAUGACCCAGUGGAAGCCGUGCUUGGAGAAGUUACCAUGGCGACAGUCACUAUCCUGGACCAGGAAGCUGCAGGGAGUCUCAUCCUCCCUGCUCCUCCUAUUGUGGUAUCACUCUCAGACUAUGACUACGUCCAGGAGGUCACAAAAGAGGGCAGUAAGAAGUCCCCAUCUCCAGGCUAUCCUCUGGUCUGUGUCACCCCAUGUGAUCCCCACUACCCUAAGUAUUCAUCGAUGAGAGAACGCUGUGAGGAGGCCGGUAUUAACCAGACUUCCAUCCACUUCAGCUGGGAGGUGGCAGCCCCCACAGACACCAGUGGAGCAAGGUCUCCCUUUGAGACUGUUACGGACAGCACGCCCUACACAACUGUCAACCACAUGGUAUUGGACAGUAUCUACUUCAGCCGAAGGUUCCAUGUGCGCUGUGUGGCUCAGGCGCGGGAUAAGGCGGGGCACCUAGGUACCCCACUGAGGAGCAACAUUGCCACCAUCAGCACGGAGGGCUCCAUAUGCCACACACCGGUGACCACUGGAACUGCCAGGGGCUUCCAGGCCCAGUCCUUCAUUGCCACACUCAAAUACCUGGACGUCAAACAUAAAGAGCAUCCCAACAGGAUCCACAUCUCAGUUCAGAUCCCUCAUCAGGAUGGCAUGCUUCCUCUGGUGUCCACUAUGCCCCUGCACAACCUGCACUUCCUGCUCUCUGAGUCCAUUUACCGCCAGCAGCACAUCUGUUCCAAUCUGGUCACCCUCAAAGACUUACAGGGUAUCUCUGAAACAGGCUUCCUGGAUGAUGUGUCCUACGACACCAUAUCCCUGGGCCCUGGGUAUGAUCGACCUUAUCAGUUCAACCCCAAUGUCCGGGAGACCAAAACAAUCCAACUGUACAAGCACCUCAACCUGAAGAGCUGCAUCUGGACUUUUGAUGCCUACUACGACAUGACUGAGCUCAUUGAUGUGUGUGGCGGGUCAGUCACUGCUGACUUUCAGGUCAGAGACUCAGCACAGUCCUUCCUGACAGUGCAGGUGCCUCUUUAUGUAUCAUACAUCUAUGUGACAGCCCCUCGAGGCUGGGCCUCUCUCGAGCACCACACAGAAAUGGAGUUCUCCUUCUUUUACGACACCGUGCUGUGGAGGACAGGUAUCCAGACAGACAGUGUGCUGUCAGCCAGACUCCAGAUAAUUCGAAUCUUCAUCAGGGAGGAUGGAAGACUAGUGAUUGAGUUUAAGACCCAUGCUAAAUUCAGAGGUCAGUUUGUUCCUGAACAUCACACUCUGCCUGGGCACAAGUCCCACUUGAUGGCACCAGACCAUCUGGGGGGCAUGGACUUUGACCUGCAGCUGGUGUGGAGUGCACAGACAUUUGACUCCCCCUACCAGCUGUGGAGGGCCACAAGCUCUUACAGCAGAAAAGACUACUCUGGAGAAUACACAGUGUUCCUGAUACCCUGCACCGUGCAGCCCACUCAGCCGUGGAUUGAUCCUGGAGACAAGCCCCUCUCCUGCACAGCCCAUGCCCCUGAAAAAUUCCUGGUGCCCAUUGCGUUCCAGCAAACAAAUCGUCCUGUUCCUGUGGUCUACUCCCUCAACACUGAGUUCCAACUGUGCAACAAUGAGAAGGUCUUCAUGAUGGACCCUGCCACUGCAGACAUAUCCAUGGCUGAGAUGGACUACAAAGGAGCUUUCUCUAUGGGCCAGACGUUGUAUGGCAGAGUGCUGUGGAAUCCAGAUCAGAAUCUGAAUUCUGCCUAUAAGCUGCAGCUGGAAAAGGUGUAUCUGUGUACGGGACGGGAUGGAUAUGUGCCCUUCUUUGACCCAACUGGCACCUUGUACAAUGAGGGACCCCAGUAUGGCUGCAUACAGCCUAACAAGCACCUCAAACACCGCUUCUUGCUACUGGAUCGGAAGCAGCCGGAUGUGUGUGAUCGCUACUUCCAUGAUGUCCCAUUUGAAGCCAGCUUUGCCUCAGACAUCCCUGAGCUGCAGUCCAUGGCUGCCAUGCCUGGUGUGGAUGGUUUCACCAUGAAGGUUGAUGCCCUCUAUAAGGUGGAGGCUGGGCAUCAGUGGUAUCUCCAGGUGAUCUAUGUGAUUGGGCCAGAGUCCAUCUCCAGCCCUAGAAUCCAGCGCUCUCUGACCUAUGAGCUGAAGCGCGGCCGACGUGACCUGGUGGACCGUUCAGGCCGGCUAACGCUGGAUGAGUCCCUCAUAUACGACAACGAGGGUGACCAGGUGAAGAACGGCACCAACAUGAAGACACUGAGGCUGGAGGUGGAAGCCUCCGCCACCUUCAACCCGCAGAUGGGCGGCUCUGUGGGAGGCGGCGUGGCUGCUUUCAUCCUGCUGCUUCUGGUCCUCCUGGCCUUCUGCCUGCUCUUCAGGAAAUGCAGGAAAAGUGCAGAGAACAAGCGACCUACCAAGGCAGGUGAGGAAUACCCCCUGAACACCAAAGUGGAGGUGUGUCUGGAACGCCUAGAAAAGAACCUCAACAGCAAGCACUGUACAGUGAGGAACGUCAACCUACUCAACAAGAGUGCUGAGUCCUGCAAGGUAAAUGGGGUCAAAGUCAAGCAGGUCAACUUACAGGUCAAACUCCACAACAAUCUGAAUGAUGGCACUGAAGUCUAAUCCGGUCCUCUGUCCAAAACCACGUAAAUAAAUAAACUUGAGUAUUUAACACGAAGUUGAAAAGAGAAGCAUAUUUUCUAUCACUGUUUGUAAUAAUGCAAUGAGAUAUUGUUAAUGUAUUUUUAUAUGACCAUAAGAGAUAAAAAGGGAAGUCCGCCAGCUAUGCAGUGUAUAUCAUUUCACAACUGAGCUACCUCAGGAAGAUACAAACUCGUAAAUAUCAUCAAAUGUCAUCAAACUGAAUGGUUUGCCGCCGUUGCACAUCUUUGAAAUUCUUUUCCGCCGAUAUGCCUUUGUCAUCAUUGUCAUGGUAGAGCAAUCAGUGGUAGCUCAGCCACUUUAUCACUUCGUUUGAAUGGUUGAUUGAGUUUAUUCGCUGCAUACUUUGAUUUAACAAUCUCAGUAAAACCACUAUGAAAGUAUUAAGCACGGCUCAUGUGCCAGCGCUGUUUGGACUAGGAUGAUGUAAAUACAUUUAUAAAGUGCAAUUACAUGGUGACAUAGUCAUCCCUCAUCCCUGGUUUUAUUGGAGAUGUUUGCCUUGAUGUAAUUUCCUGUUGCUUGAUCACCAUUGUGCCACGCUGAUCUUUGUCAAGUGCCAUUUUCUGAGUCUCAAUCCAAAUACAAAGUGUUUAUUGCAUAGUAUAAACCAUCACUACUUGACUGUAUCGUUUGGAUAGCUUCUUGAGAACCACUGUCUUAUGGACUGUUGAUUAUUGUAUUGACUACUGUAGUAAAUACAGCGCUGACUCCUUAUAAACACUGUAAUAGAAUGGUUUUCUGCUGUGUUCACGUUAUUUUAUACCAUGUGUCUCUACUGUCAUGCUAUACCCUUAUUUUUUGGAUUUAUGAUGCUGUACUGUACAUACAAGCUCCAUCAGUAUCCAAUGACAAUGUUGACGAGAGAUUAUCAUCAUAUUAUCUUGCAUUAUGUUACCCUCAUGUACUGUGUUUGGCACAUUUGACGAAAAAGCCUCAACAAAUGUUUUCCAGUGUUGUGUUAUUAAGACUCUGUUGCAUAUCGUAAGGUUCUCAUUUUAGAGAGACACGAUGGGUUACGAAUGCAGCCCCAAAUCUCCAUAGCACAGCGCAUUAUGCGCCAAUUAUUUUGGGAUUAUUUGAUUAUAUUUGCUGUCAUUUAUUUUGUCCGUACCUUUUGUUUGUACAAUUUUGCAGAAUGCAGUGCCUAUCAAAGUUUUGGAGAGAACAUAUUUUUGGUGCUAUUAUUUGUGGGGAAACUAAUGAUGCUUUCGACGUGAUGCCUGUACUAUGUGCCUUUUUAGUAAUAAAAGAGACGUCUGUAAAAGAUGUCGCCUCCAACCACUGAA